CGUUCAGUUUUGAUGAGCGUGCUAAUCGAACUUGUUCUGAUUGUUUCGAUAUCUAAACAAAACGCGCGCCGGUAACAAGUUGCUAAAUUAAUGGCUUGCAAUUAAAUUGCUAAAUAUAUUAAUUAUUAGCCAUGUCUAGCUCUACAAUAAAUAGUUGCAAACUAAUGCUGCUUGGCCGCUGCCUGCGCGCCUUGUCUUUUAGCGUGGGCAUACAGUUUCUGUUGUUGACUGUUUUCCUGUUGCUCGUUAAUUUUCAAGUGCUGCAUCCGCUGCACUGGGUGGUGAGCACAUUUAGCUUGGUCUGCAGCUUGUACACUUGGUUUGCAAGCAUACCCUUAAUAGGCGCUGUGAUCUUCUAUGGAUUGUCGCUCUCCCAGCAGUAUCUUGCCGAACGUCGCUACCACGCUACACGCUAUCGCUGGUUAUUGCACAAUGGACCUAGAAAGUUAUUGUUCCUCUCCGCGCACUUGCUGUUUGGCUAUCUAACUGCCUGGCUGUAUACGGGCUAUUUGAAUACGGACUAUAGUAAUUUGACGUACAAGUGCUAUGGCCAGGAUUGUCUGAGCUCCUACCAUGUGUAUCUGCUGGGCAUGGGUAUAACCGCUGGCUGUUAUUACUUUGUGACCAGGCAUAUGCGUCAAGAGGUGUCGCUAGACUUUGCCAUUGUGGAGCUUUCACGAACGGAAAAACUGCGUGAAGUGCUAUACAAGACGCUGCUCAUGGCGCCCAUUAAAUCGCUAGUGCCGACGCUAAGCUACUCCUUAGUCUUCUGGCUGUUGAGUCCAUUCUUCAAUCAGCGUCUCAGCCUGCUGUUGGGCGUGGAUGCGGAUGAUAGGUUAUCCAGCGUUUGGCAAAUGCUUAGCAGCGUUCGUUUGCUGUUCUACGGUUGGUUGCUCACCACUCAAAUCUUGAGCAAUAUGCAUCUUAUGCAACGUCUUUAUGCCAUGCUUCUAACGGAGCGGCUGCCGCUGGUGGUGGCCAGGCAACGCUUGGAUGCUGGUGAAGUGACUAUUGCGGGUGCUUUGGGAUUGAGCAAUGCGUAUGUGGUGCAGUGUCUAGCGGCCCAUCUGAUCUUUAAGUUGUCGCAACGCAAGAAUUCUUUGGCACGCUUGGAAUACUUUCAAUUGACAGAGCCAGGUAAUCGUCCUGUAAAUUGGCGUGCACUUUGCGAUCAAUAUCUAAGCAUUGUGGGCGGCUAUACCGAUGAGCUUGCCAACGCCGUGGAGCAACUUUUAUCGGUCAAGGGGAAAAGGGAACAGGGACUGGCUCAGAACGAUGUCAAUGGGACAAUGCUUGCCGAAAAGCUGAUGCUGCGUCAAUACAAUGCAAUGCAUGGCAUACGCCAGGCUGUCUCGCCACCACGCAAUCUCCCACAGCAACAAUGGACGCAGGACGGCGUGCGUCAUAUGCCCAACUGGUGCGAACGCGUCUCGCAGCAAUUGGAAGCUGCUAUGCAAGGCUUAAUAAAAAGCAUACCGGGCAUUGUUUAUUUGUUUAUGGAACCGGAGCAUGCCAAGUGCUUAUAUCUGCUGGAGCACUCGCUGCCCAUAAUUUGGUUAACGCAGGCAUUGUCUCACAUCUGCGCCGCUUCACUCAAUGAGGAUCGCUUUGGCGUAGUGCAGGAUGACUUGGCAGGCAUUAUACGCGCGCAGUAUCGACUCAAAUGUGAGCUGGAUAAACUAAGCGGCGCCUUGAUUACACAUCGACUGAGCAGCUCUGGCUUUAAUCUCUUGGUCCGUGCUGUGCGCCGCAGUCUUUACAAUAUUUGCCAUGCCUUCCAGGACUAUCUGCCUGAACUGUUGAAGGACUCCACGGAUAAAUCAGAGCUUCAUCAGCUGCAAGCAUUUAUACAGCUAGGUUAGGCGCAGCCAUAUUCACCU